ACUGUCAAAAUCACAACAUGAAACACAAAAUAAUAUGUGCGAUUGUUGAAUAGAACUUUCAAAUUAAUUUUAAGUUUGUAUUUAUAUCAAAAUAAUGUUUUUUUAGUUCAAAAAAAGAUAUGAUAGUUAGUUAGAAAUAUUUUCUUGUGCCUAACGUCGAUGCAAAAUGCCUAAAAUUAUCGAGUUAACAGUAGAAAUAGAUAUUGAAAGAGUAUCAUGUCCCGGAGUAUGGCUGUGUCAAGACGGCCGUGUGUCUCUCACAAUAUUUGCGUUGGGCACAAGUUACCAAACCUGCCUGUUACCCCCACUUUUUCCGCUGAUGUUCAAAGAUAUAUUUUAUUUCCGCAAGCGUUUCCAAGAAACAUGUGCUUUAAAUAAUAUAUGCUGUCUUUUGAAAGAAGAAACCAUAUACUGUGAACUAGUGCAGUGGUGUGAUGAUUGCGGUGUAACCGACUGUAAGGUCCUGGCGCAGUACUUGGGAGCCCUAAAUGAUGUCCUGUUCCCUCCAAACAUGUGCUCCAAUGAUGGAGUGGAUCUGCUCAUGAGGAGAUCCAAGGAUUUUCCUGGCAUACUUUCUCCGAAGAUAGAGAUAACAACAAAAGUGCGGAUAGACGAAAUCUGGGAUCAGGCAGCAAAAAUAAAUAAUAUCAAAGCUAUCCCGUGUUCGUGCAUUCCACGUGAACUGGAGGCGACCAGACAGAAGCAAGUCUGUCAUUCGGCACAGUACCACCGGUCAAAGUGUUAUUCGGGCAGAAGAGACCCGUGUGUAACGCGGUCGCUGUCUCGCUCGCGCUCCUGCUCGCGAUCAUGUUGCAGCUUCACGCAGGCGCCGGACCCGUGCGCUUGCCCCAACCCAUUGCCGCGUGCACCUCGUUGCCGCUCCCCGCGUCGCUCGCCCAAAAACCGUUGCGGGCGUUCUAGAAGCCGUCAGUUUUGCGUGUACAAUGUGCAGACUGAGAAUGCGUGGCGAAGCGCCGCUUCCACUCCAUUCCCCAGCGAGACCAGCGAUCUCGAUGACGAAUUGAUAAGAUCGAGCACCGAAACUGACAAACCCGACCAGCGUACGUCAGAUCCACAGAAGGUGAUUCUAGAGAGUCGUUACAUUGACGUGGACAAAUUCCACGAACACAACACCAAGCGCCCUAAAUAUUUUCAGAGCCAACUGAUGCCAUGCGUGUGUGAAAUAUGCAAGAGAUACCACGAAUUGUUCCACACUGACGUCCCCAGCUAACAAAGUGUAUGUAUGAAUUUAUUUUUGAGUACAUAUUGUUGACAACAAAUUCAACUUUGCGAUAAUAAUGUACAGUCAACAGCACGUCAAGUUACCCUGCAUGAACCUCUAUGGCGCGGUAAUAGCGGCGAGUUUGCAAUGAAUUUGGAUAGGUUGAUGUGCUGUUGACUGUACUUAUGAAAAAGUCGCGAUACAUUUGUAACUAGUUACAGUAUUUAUUGUACGUGUUGUAACGACUUAUUGCAAAGUGAAAUUUAAUGAUUUAUCUUUCCUUAGUGCUACAGAUGUAAAAUUGUAAAAAGCUGUGCUAUGAUCGAUUAUAUAUAUUUUGAUAAAUUUAUCUCUCGUCUAUUUUCAAUAAUUUUAAUAUUAACUUUUAUAAAGGAAACAAACGACAAAGUAGCAAUAAAUAUACGUUAAUUGUUUAUACCUCAUUUUGAUAAAUGUACUAUUUUCGGUAUUUGUAUAAAUAUUUCAGUGAAACAUGAAUAUUUAAAUUAGGUAUUAGUGUUAAUUUGGUCAAUAAUAACUAAAGUUAAUUGUUGGCUAAAAAGUCAUGUUAUAGUCAAGUAAAUCAUGUUUCCCCAGAGUUAAUUACGUGCACAAGUUAAAAUAUUAGCCACUACUAGACAAAUGUCACGUUUUCUUAUUACAUUAAAUAUUUUCUAUAUUUAUGUUAUACAAACUAUGCAAUGUAUAGAAAAUAGAUAUAUUUUUGUUACAUAUGAAAUGUAUUGUGUUCAAAUUUAAUUUAUUAUAUUUAUUGCAAUUAAUUUAAGUGUAUUUGAAAUGUUUGUUAUACAGUUUUCUUAUACUAAAAUAAAACCACCACGAUAAUACAA